AUGUCCAGUCCAAGUGCACUCCUUUCGAAACUUCCGGCAGAGACCCAAGACUACAUUGUCUCAUAUCUCGCUGCCACCGAUCUUGCCACUCUUUCUACUGUCAAUUCAACUCUGAAUGUCAUUGCAAGACGAAGACUUUACCGCUCCAUCACGAUCUCCACAAAUACACCGUUACAUUCCGGCCCUUGUCGGUCCUUGUCGAGCUCGAUCAAAUGUCUUCUGGCCAUUGCGCGUUCGGCAACUCACGCGCGCCAUGUUCGUUCGCUCUUCAUCGACCUCUCUUCUCCCGACCGUAGCAUCCAAAGGCUAUUCGACCCGGAAGACGGCUCCCCCCGGGCUAACUACAUCCCCCUCGCCAAUGUCUACACCUUGCUCGCGCGAGUGCUCCACGCAACAACCAACUUGACAACGCUCUCGAUCACGCUAUCGCUUCGCGGGAUCAAGAAUCGGCGCGGCUUGACAUUGGCUGCGCCAACUUCUCUGGACAACGUCAGUAGCAAGCCGAGGGAGAGCAUGUCUUUCUACGAGAAGAUCCUUGACAAUCCGUACACCAUGCUUGAAGACUCGCCGUUUCGAUUAACGACUUUCGAGACCAACUCGCCCAUCGACAGCUCGUUGGCGCUGUUCUUGGCGUCGCAGCCAGCUAUAACGGAUCUGACGCUCCGAUCGUGGUCACCGAGCGACGACUCAUCGCGCGGGCUGAUCCAUCCAUUUCUCUCCGCCGCCGUCGCGCAGACGCACACACAGGCGCUCGCAGUACGCCGCGACAAGUUCAAAUUCGUCCUCCCGUCGUCCUCGCUCCCAAAGCUCCAGCAAUUCCGCGCGAUACACGGGACGCCUAGCUUGCUGAAGCAGUUCAUCCCCGGUCGGCCAGUGCGUUCUGUAUACAUACCGCUGUAUCCGCAGAUGCCGUCUUCGGCGUGGCAGCCACUGCUCCCGCUCCCCGCAUCAGUGUCUCAGCCAUCGAUAUAUCCCACUUUGGACGUGCUGCGCGAAUCGACUACGCCGAUAACCCGAUUGACGGUGUUCAGCUUCGACGCAAUGGCCUCCUUCGCUGCAGGCAUUGCCAAUGUCCUAAAUGGCAACGCCACGAACGCUGGUCAAACCCCUGCAGAGUCCGCCACAGAUCAGAAGGGUCCUAGUCUUGCGGAGGCGCUGCUCAUGCAGAUCGCUACGCUCGGGGACGAGCUGGAAACUCUGCAGGUUAUCCUCAUGAUGACCCCCUGCCGCUUGGGAGAUCUCGAAGCUGCUGCUCCGCUUCUGGCCCGGUAUAAACGCUUACACGCGAUAACAUACAUGGCCAACACAGACCCUUUCUUCUCCUCCACUCCUCCGGACGGCUCUGCGGACGCCCAAUCUCAGAGCGAGAAGGACGAACAGCUGCAGCGCAUCCGAGAAGCAGAAUCCCGUGUUGUGAAGGCGUGGGGGUCACAUUGCCCGUCACUUCGGACGGUCGUGCUUCCCCGGGGACAGGUGUGGUUCAAGAGGUCGUUCACGGUCCCAGGGACUCCACGGGCUGGGGACACAUCGGCGGCCACGGGGGUAGGCGCGGGAAGCGGAGGAAGCGGAGGGAUGCUUUGUCACGACGAUGGAUGCUCAUGCGGGCAUAGGGGCGGUGACUUUCGCGUGUCGACGUGGAGCUGUGACGAGUGA